AUGUCCCACUCGCCUCUCCAGCCUCCAGUUCCCUUUGCCGACUUUGAGUUCACAUUUGACCCGUCUCUCUCAAAUCUCUUUCCCAAUCCCCCGCCCCUCCCCUCCUCGGCCGACCUCUUCUCCCCCGCAGAGACAACUGAUCUUCUCGGCUUCCUCGACAACUUUAACGACUUUGCAUGGGACUUGGGUCCAACGGAUCUUCAGCAUGACCACCACGCACCCUACUCCAACCCACAUCUAAACACCGUCCCAGAACCAUCCCCUUCUGCCAGGCCAAAACCCACCAGCCGCACCUCUUCGUCCCGCGGCACCCAUAACCACGACGAAGAGCCCAGCACCCCCACAUUUGCCGCAAGUGCUGAUCCUCCAGCAGCCAGAGCAGCCGCUGCCCGCACAAAACCACUCCUCUCCACUCCCCAGAAGCGGCUCAACCACAUCAUGUCCGAGCAGAAACGACGCAAUGCCAUUCGCGACGGUUACGCCCAGCUCAUCGCCCUCAUGGCUCCAGCUGGCUCAGCCCCUGGAAUCGGCAUGCCUACAAGGGGAAGACCCAAGGGUUCCGGAAGCAGAGGAAAAGGUCAGACCAAGGGAAAGAGCGGCGUCUUGUUUCGCGCCGUCGAGUAUUGUCGUUGGCUUGAAGAGGGCCGCGAUUCGCUGCACCAAGAAGUCAUCAGAGUUGAAGCGGCCGCCGGGAUUCGACACCCAUCAUGA